GCGGGGGCAGGCUCCGCUUCCCGGUCACCUGAGGGAGGAGCGGCCGGAGCUGGCGGCUCCGGGACCUGCGGCCGCCGCUAUGGCCUCGCUCUUCAAGAAGAAGACGGUGGACGAUAUAAUAAAGGAACAGAAUCGAGAGUUAAGAGGUACACAGAGAGCUAUAACAAGAGAUCGAGCAGCCUUGGAGAAACAAGAAAAACAAUUGGAACUGGAAAUAAAGAAAAUGGCUAAGACUGGUAAUAAAGAAGCCUGUAAAGUUCUAGCAAAACAGCUUGUGCAACUGCGAAAACAGAAAAAUCGAACCUAUGCUGUUAGUUCAAAAGUUACCUCAAUGUCAACUCAAACAAAAGUGAUGAACUCACAGAUGAAGAUGGCAGGAGCUAUGUCAACUACUGCAAAAACAAUGCAGGCAGUUAACAAGAAGAUGGACCCACAAAAGACAUUGCAAACUAUGCAGAAUUUCCAGAAGGAAAAUAUGAAGAUGGAAAUGACUGAAGAAAUGAUUAAUGAUACUCUAGAUGACAUUUUUGAUGCUUCUGAUGAUGAAGAAGAAAGCCAGGAUAUUGUGAAUCAGGUGCUAGAUGAAAUUGGAAUUGAAAUCUCUGGCAAGAUGGCCAAAGCUCCAUCAGCUGCCAGAGGCUUACCAGCUGCAUCAACAUCUAAAGCGACCACCAUUUCUGAUGAAGAGAUUGAACGGCAGCUCAAAGCCUUAGGAGUAGAUUAGCUUUAUGGCAAUAUGCAGUCUCCUUAUAAUCAUUAUUCAGCUGCAGAUUUGUGAAAUGUGCACACUUUCUUUCAGCACAACUGAUUUUUUUUUCCCAAGAAAAUUGAAGGCUUCAGAAAUGACAACUUGAGUUGCACCAAGAAAUGUUUUAAAUAUUUUUGCCAGAGAAGCAUUAUCAGUUCAGUGAAUUCCUCAAGUUGUUGGAAAAGCAGCUUUAAAUGACUUGACGUUGAUAGGUACAUACAAUUUUUGUGUUUGUUGAAUGCAGGAUUUUUAAGUACUGGAUCGAACUGAGAUCUAAUUGUAACAGAGACAUUCAUUUACUCCAGACCUGAAUUAAGCUUAUGUUGCAUACAGAUUUUUUUUUUUUUUCCCCAAACUUUUUUCCUUGUGCAGCCCUUAGUUUUUUCAGCUUGCAGGAUAUCAGGCAGCAAGCAGACUUGGAAAAAUAACAGUACUACUAAUAGUCCAUUAUCUGUUUCCUUUGAACCUUUUUGAACCUGGUCACAUCCUAUGACUGAUGGCAGUGUUUCUUUUUGGAAAAUGCUUACAGCAUGGAUCCCUUUAAAGCCAUCACCACUGGAAGGGUCUUAAUCUAUUAACCCCUCACAAAUGAAACUUCACAUUGCCUUUUUGUUUGGAAGACAGAAUCAGUCCUUUUCAGUGAGAAAAAACUUAAUAGAAUGCUAAGGUUAUAAGUAGUAGUAGCUUUUCUAUAUAUUUCUUUAAAGUGUAUGUAUGAGUGAAUUCAAUCAUAAUCAUUUGGAUUCUUACUGAAGGGUAUGGGGGAAUCUGGCUUUCUUUAGCUUCAGUGGAAGAGGAAUGGACUCUAUAUGGGUUUUUAAUGAAUUGUUUGCAUGAAAGGCACUGACUAAACUUUAUUGUACUGUAACAUAGCUAACUUCAAUAGAAGUUUUGUGCCUUUUUGUAUAUAACUUUGUCAUACUCCUGAUUUUGCAAACUUUAUCUUCAAGGGGUGAAGUAACUGCUGUUAAGGCAGUUACCACCAGCUACAAAGCACUAUUAAAAUUCCGCGUACACUUGAUAGCAGCCAGUGUUGAAGUUUGUGCAUAUACUACUUUAGCACUUGCAAAAUGGGAUCCGUCCUGAAAUCUCAUUUGUAAAUAUUUUACAGUAUUUCUUAAUAGGGGAUGACGGUGUUCAAAAAUAUUAUUUACUAAGGCUUAUUCAGUUGCAUACUGAGAGGAUAAAUCUAAAGCUUACAGUUAUCAGAGUGAAAUUUGUUUCCCUGUGUUUAGAGGACUUAACAAGAAAAUCAUCUAAAUAAUAGGAAAAUGCUCAGAUUCUGUGGAGAUUUCCUGGGGUCUCUGGACUGAAUGGUUUUGAUCUUAUAUGAUACUAACUUUCAGGGGAAUAAUAUAUUAGUCAAAGAAAUAUAAUCGAUCUAGAUUCUAAAUAGAGAGUAAAGAAAGGGAGGAGGCCUGAGUCAGUAAAACUACCAUUGUCUCAUCAUCUACUAAUGCAAAAUUGAACAGGGAAAAAAAGACUUCUAAUCAAAGUUUGUGAGCUCAGGUCUUUGGUUUCUAUGCAGGAACCCAGAACUGCUGCUUUCACUGGAAGAUGUGGGUUAAACUGAGCGUUUAUAACCUAGUGUGUGGGACAUAAUUUGGAGUGUUUUUGUUUAAACAACUUAUUUUGUAAAAAUCUAAUAAAAGCUUUUAUUCCCAUGGAA